AUGAAACAGGAGCACUCUCACGAAGACGACUCGUACACCGCCGAGUUCAUAAAUCUUUUUGGUAAGGACACCGCAACGCACGCUAGUAGCGACAACAACAACAACAGUGCUAACAAUAAUGGCAUGGGAAGCGCCAACCCAUUGGACCAGUUUGUAGCAACAGCGUCAUCGUCAUCCUCGCUGGCAGUCGGUGGCGCGAAUAGGCGUCCCCUUGUAGGCGACGCCGCCGCCAGGGGUAGCGCCAACUUAUAUGACCAUGCAGUCACGCCGGAGAUACUUUUAGAACAGUUGGCCUACGUCGAUAAUUUCAUACCAUCGCUGGAUAACGAGUUCUCCAACGUGGACUGGAACGUGAACACCACUCAUAACGACAUAAACAAUAACGGCGCGAAUACCUUCAGCAGUAUAAACGCCAACCCUUUCGAUUUAGAUGAGCAACUGGCCAUUGAACUGAGUGCCUUUGCCGAUGAUUCAUUUAUCUUCCCGGAUGAGGAAAAACCCGGAAAUAGUAAUAACAACAGCAACAAUGGUAAUAAUGACAAUAACGGUGAUGACGUGUUGCAUGAAGACCUUCCAAACAAUAAUAGGCAGAGAAAUCCUCAUUUUCUGACUCAAAGAAGAAACACCUUUCUGACUUCUCAAUACGAUCAAUCGAAAUCCCGGUUCUCCUCUAGGAAUAGAGGAAAUGACAAUGAUGAUGGUGACACAAAUGACUUUGAAAACAACGAAAACAGCAACCACAAUUUCGAACCGAAUCUCAUGGCGAGUCCCCCCCACUUUCCUGUAAGCACGGACAACAUGAUAUCAAUGGACCACGGCGCCUUCACAAAUGUUGAUAUCACGUCGAAUGAGAAUAACACUGCCAGCAACAAUGAUGUGGAUGCGCUAUCGCAUUUACUUCGCCGAACGACUCAUACUCCCAGUCGCUCUUCUCCCUUGAGCAACGUUACUUCCGCGCAGAACACCUUCCAACAACAGCAUCAACAACAAUCAAACAACCAAGGCAAUCAUAGUAAUGAUAACAGUGGCUCAAGUAAGGCCCCCAAUAUUACCAUACCUGACUACUCCAUCAUUCCGACAUCUGUUCUGGUGACACUGUUGCCGAGAGUCAAUAUUCCGAAGGGCGCAUAUAACUCUUUAACCGCUGCAGGAUUCGACAAUGACCAAAUCGACGCUAUUGCCGCGAUAAUGGCUUAUCACCAUCAAAAAAAAACGAGGGACAGUAACAAGAAUAGUAAUGGCAACAGUAGUGCCAGCCAAGAGGCACCAAUUCUGAAAAACAUCAAUGAACUCUUAAAUGUCCUGAUACCUAGCGGGAUGGCCGUACCAUCUGCCUCAUCCACGUCGUCUUCGUCAUUAAAUGAGCACGGCGUGGUGGCUGAGGUCUCGUUUCUUAGCUCUAUUUUGGAACUGGGCGCGAACCAUCCCAAAAGUAAUAAUAUUCACAAUGAACGACAACCUCCACGAAAAGAUCAUGAAAACUCAAGGGAGGGGAACAUUAAAAAUGACAAUAACAAUGUUAAAGGCUCUCACACUAUCUCUAAAUCAAGUACAACUCGAGGCAAUGAAAUCGUCAAGAUACGAUCUGAACCGACUUUAAGCGCAAGAUCCUCCAUUGACAAGGAAAACACUUUGAAAAGGUCUCAUUCCGGUGGUUUGAGAGAAAAAGAGUUUCCCGUCGAUUGCAAAUACUCCGACGAUGAUGAAGAUGAAUACGAUGGCGCAGAUCUACACGAUCAGAAGAAGAAGCACCUGAUUAAGAAAGAGCUUGAGGAUGACGAUGAAGAUUUAUUAAUACAAUCCAAAAAAUCUCAUCAAAGGAAAAAACUAAAGGAAAAGGAAUUAGAAUCAUCAAUACAUGAACUAACUGAAAUUGCAGCAUCUUUACAGAAGCGGAUACACACAUUAGAGACUGAAAACAAGCUGUUGAAAAAUCUUGUACUAAGUAGUGGUGAAACCGAAGGUAUUAAGAAAGCAGAAAGCUUGAAGAAGCGAAUCUUAGAAAAGGUUCAGAAAGAAUAA